AUGAACUGUGCCAUUGAGCUAGUCGCCAAGGGGACCUUUAUCCACCAUGGAUAUAGACCGAUGUCGAGACACAAGCCUCUCGGAUUCUUGGGACUCAUUUCAAUGGGGAAAGAUGUGUUUCUAUGCCUCAUCACUGGUCGUAUAGAGGUUGCCACUCCUUUAAAGGAUGAACGCAUCAAUAGAAUCUACGACGUUGACUUCCAUUGCCUAACCAAUAAUACCUGGGAUUUUAUAGAGUUGAACAGUAAUGGGUAUCCGAACACGGAAAAUGAAAAUGGUUCUCAUACGGGGACUAACACGCCUCCCGGUAGCUAUGUUCCUCUGAUUAAGCAGAACCCUUGUUACGAACUUCGUAAGAUCUUAUCUGAUGGUUCCUUCUAUUACAGUACCGACUUCGAUCUUACCAGUACUUUGCAGGGAAGAGGAGUCAAUCAUUCUCAACAGCUCUCUUUGGAUAGAUACCAUUUGGAUUACAUGUGGAAUGCAUUUAUGAUGAAAGAGGUUAUUCAUUUCCGCAACAACUUGGAUGACGAUCCCAAAAAGGCAUUGGAUAGUAACAGGUUUCUAACCACCGUAAUUCGUGGAUUUGCCGAGAGCGUUAGAACCACUGUGGGAGGAAGAUCGGCUCAGAUGACCAUCGUUUCCAAACAGUCCUGGAAGAGAACUGGAACCAGAUUCAAUGUUCGUGGUGUUGAUGACGACGGUAAUGUUGCCAAUUUUGUUGAAACUGAAUGUAUCCUCAACGAUGGACUUCAUGCAUUUGCUUAUACUCAGAUCCGGGGCUCCAUACCACUUUUUUGGGAGCAAGAUACGGCCAUUGUGUCUCCUAAAGUUCAGAUCACGAGAAGUUUUGAUGCUUCUCAGCCUGUUUUUGAGAAGCAUUUUGCCAAUUUGAACAGUAAAUAUGGGCCUGUCCACGUUGUUAAUCUACUUUCAAAGGCCAAAAAUUCAGAAGUUGGCCUUAGUCAGACAUACAAUCAACAUUAUAAAGUGUUAAAGGAGAAGAAGCCCGAUUCCGUGUUCUUCACAAACUUUGACUUUCACCAAGAAACUUCCAAGACAUAUGCCGAUGCCGACAGGGUUUUACCUCAAAUUAGAGAGUCUCUUGAGAAUUUUGGGUACUUUUGUUACGAUUUACAGAGCAACGAGACCAUCAUGGAACAACAAGGCGUUUACAGAACGAACUGCCUCGAUUGCUUGGACAGAACAAAUGUUAUUCAGCAAGUCAUCUCAAGAGCUGCUCUGGAUGAGUAUCUGACUGAUUUCAAAAAAUCUGAUGGUUACAAUUAUGCAGGUGGGGAUGAAUACUAUCAUAGCACUUCUUCGCCUGUCCACUCCAAGCAUUCUGUUCUCUGGGCAGAUCACGGUGACCAGAUCUCGCAAAUAUACACGGGAACUAACGCCUUGAAGUCAAGUUUUAGCCGAAGCGGCAAGAUGGGCUUUGCAGGCGCUUUGUCUGAUGCCACCAAAUCUCUUAGCAGAAUAUACAUUAACAAUUUUGUGGACAAGGGAAAACAGGUGGUGAUAGAUACUCUUUUAGGAAAGAACUCGGAACAGAUUCCUGUUAUGAUAUUUGAUCCCGUCACCGAGUACUUGGCAAAGCAGAUGCGGCAGUUUGAACAUAACUUUACUUCCUUUAGAGACAUUUCUAUUUUUGCCGGUACGUUCAAUCUCAGUGGUGCUUCCUCCGGAACCGCUUUAUCCGAAUGGCUAUUUCCAAGCGAGGUGAAAUCCACCUUCUCUGACAUAUAUGUCGUGGGAUUUCAAGAAGUCAUCGAACUUAAUGCUUCCAAUAUUCUUAAGAAUGAUGGGUCUGCUGGACAGUAUUGGAAGAAGGCAGUUCAACAGGAGUUGAAUUCUGGAGCAGGACCUAAGUAUGUACUUCUAAGGUCCGAAUACAUGUCAUCAAUUCUAAUCUUGCUGUUCGUGAGAGAGGAUGAAAUGAAAUACGUGACUCAGGUUGAAGGAAAAUCCAAGAAGACUGGUCUGGGAGGUAUGACGGCCAAUAAGGGAUCCGUUGCUAUCCGAUUCAAUUAUGGCUCGACCACUUUCUGCUGUUUCAACUCGCAUCUAGCUUCGGGUGUGACAAAUACUGAGGAGAGAUUUAAUGACUUUUUAACCUCCUGGAAUGGCAUCCGUUUCUCCAGAAACAGACUUAUUCAACACCAUGAUGAUGUUAUUUGGAUGGGAGACUUGAACUAUCGGGUGUCUUUACCUAAUGAGGAUACACGAAGAAUGCUUGAUAAGGGGUUACUGAGAAAGCUUUUGGAGUACGACCAAUUAGAAUACGAGAUCAAGCGUCACCCCGAACUUCAGAACUUCACUGAACUCCCUAUUACGUUUCCACCAACCUACAAAUUUGAUAAGAGUAGUGAUAAUUACGAUACGUCGGAGAAGCAGCGCGUUCCUUCCUGGACAGAUAGGAUUCUUUUUCAAGGAGAUGAUAUCUCCCAGCUAUGCUACCACUGCGCUCCUGAUAUCCGCUUUUCCGAUCAUAGACCCGUCUUUGGUACUUUUUCUGCUCGUGUCAAACUAGUUGAUUCCGAAAAGAAGCACAAGCUUACCAGAAAGUUCCUUGAGGAAUAUAAAUCGACUGCAUCACAAUCACGUGGUGCAGUAAUCGAACUCAACGGAGAUUCUGAGGAUGACGAUUUUUCAGAUUCUCCUGCUUGGUCCUCUUCAGCUACUUCCGCCCCUACACUUAUUGACAUAUCUGAGAAGCAGCCUGUAAAACCUUUAUCCCAGCCCAAGCUUCCUCCUCGCAGAGCUCCGCCACCAUACGAUCCAAGAGAGAUCGCCAGCAUUUUAAAUAAGGAGCAUCCUUUGCAGAUUUCUUCCUCAACUUCUCUUUCAGAAUCAUCUUCCGCGCAUUCUUCCUCCCCAACACCAGCCUCAUUUAUGGUCAUGCAGCCCACAAGGUCUCAGUCUUCCAUCACACAGCACACCGUGCAACUGCCUCCACCCUUUCCUCAUGGUUCCCGUCCAACCAGCUCACAAUCACUAACACCACCUCUCAUUAAUCGACCAGUUCCUCCAGUUCCACAACCAAGGAAGAUGCCGCCUGAUAUUAGUCAUAACGACAAUUCGUUGGAUGCUGCUAAGGGAAAUCAUAAGCUUCCACCCAUGGUUCCUAUAAAACCGAAAAGUCUUAGUGCCGUGUUCUCAGCCGGGGACUCUUCUUCCCAGUCUUCUUCACACACAUUGACUGAAAAUUCAAAGCCAAAGACCAACCAGUGGGCACCGAUGAACCCUACAAAGAAAAGGUAG